AUCAGAUAGUUGUACUUGACAUAAUUUAGGUCAAACUUCUUAUACGCCGUAAUAGCAGGUAGAUUGAACUUUGAAAGGCUUUAUUGCCGUCGUGCAGAGAUAUUUACAAGUUUUCUGUAUUAUAGAUCUCUUCUCGACUAUUGGAUAACAUUUAAAGACAAUUGCUCCAUUUGCCAGGAGUUCUGUGUGACACAGAAAAGACGUGCUUUACACACUGCAAAAUUGCCCUGUCUGACGGCUUUGAACAACGGAGACACAUAAUUGUAAGAUGGAAAGAAGAAGCAAAGGAAGACUGAUCCUGGCCCUGGCCGCCCUUGUCCUGGUGGUGGUAGGUGCGGUGGUGGGGAUUGUGCUCGGUGCCAGGAAGACGUCCCCAGGAGAGGUGGACACGCAGCAGGUGGACGCCUUGGUGGCGUGCAUAGCCAGGGAGGGGACACGGGACGAGUGUGAGGCCACAGGCUGUUUCUGGAAAAACCUGACCGCCUCCUCCCCAAAAUGUUGGUAUAAGCAGGCUUCACAAACCGGGUAUGGGUAUCGACUGAACGGUGAGAUAGAGAACACGACGCUGGGGUAUCGUAUGAAACUCUCUCGCAUCAAAACUACUCCUUUGUAUUACAAGAAUUCUACGCCCAUUGAUGACGUGAAACUAGAAGUGGAGUUUCAUGACAUCAGUAGACUGAGACUGAAGUUCACAGACUUUCAUAAGCAACGAUAUGAGGUAUCCCAGCAAGCCUUGGACAUCCCAGCACCAAGCAGCCCACCUGACGUAAAAAGCAGGUUAUAUGACGUCAGAUUUGUCAGGGAACCGCAGUUUGGAAUAGAAGUAGUGAGGAAAUCUAAUGGCGUAGUUAUUUUUAACACCGCGUUGCCCGGUUUUACGUUCACAGACCAGUAUCUCCAGCUCACCACGCGCCUCAGCUCCAGUCACGUGUACGGCUUUGGGGAACACAAUCAUCUAAGAUAUAAACACGACAUGAACUGGAAAAGAUGGCCGAUAUUUACCCGUGACCAGGGCCCAUAUGCUGAUCCAUGGAAUUUAUACGGUCAUCAGACUUUUUACAUGAACGUAGAGACCUCAGGAAAUGCCAAUGGCGUAUUUUUGAAGAAUUCCAAUGCCAUGGAUAUAGUAUUGCAACCUGACCCUUAUCCGGGGAUUUCGUACCAGGUUAUCGGAGGAGUUUUGGACUUCUUUUUAUUCCUGGGACCGACACCCGAGAACGUGGUACAGCAGUAUAACAAGGCCGUGGGGUUUCCGGUGAUGCCACCAUAUUGGAGCCUGGGGUUCCAGCUGUGUCGCUGGGGUUAUAACGAUACUGCGCAUGUUCGAGAAGUUCUGAAACGUCAACGAGAAGCAGCAAUACCACAGGAUGUGCAGUACGUAGACAUCGACUAUACAUAUGAGAAGCUUAUGUUCACGUACAAUAGGCAAGGUUUCCGUGAUCUACCUGAACUUGUACAGGAGCUCCAUGAUAUGGGGCAGAAAUUGAUCCUCAUACUGGACCCUGGUAUUGGAACCAACCCAAAUUUUACAACAACGGCUCCACCCAACAACUCCUACCCGCCUCUGGAGGACGGUGAACAAAAAGACAUUUUCGUCAAAAAUCCAAACAAAACCGGAUAUCUUGUGGGAGAGGUGUGGCCGGAGAGCGUCUAUUAUCCAGAUUUCACUAAACCAUCAACAAACAAUUGGUGGCGACAUUGGGUCCACGACUUCUUUUUUAACCAGAAAGUGGAGUACGACGCCUUGUGGGUGGACAUGAAUGAACCUGCAAACUUCCGGCCAGGAUCCUUCAGUGGAGCGUGCGAUGAUAAUAAAUGGAACAGGCCUCCCUAUAUACCAAGAAUUCUUGAUUAUGACAAGGGUCACUUGUACACGAAGACGCUGUGUAUGGACGCGGUUCACGACAACUGGGGGGACGAGACCAUACAUUAUAACGUCCACUCUCUGUAUGGCCAUUCCAUGGCUAUGUCUUCUUACGACGUUUUGCGCAAGCUAAUCCCGUCAAAACGACCACUGGUCUUGACAAGGUCAACAUUUGCUGGGACUGGGAAAUAUGCCGUUCACUGGCUAGGAGACAACGCAAGCCAAUGGCCGCAUCUCGCGUGGUCCAUUCCAGGCAUGCUAGAAUUUAACCUUUUUGGAUUCCCAUACGUGGGAGCAGACAUCUGCGGGUUCUGGGGCGACACCACGGAGGAGCUGUGCACGCGGUGGAUGCAGGUUGGAGCCUUCUAUCCUUUCUCCAGAAACCACAAUGCCCAGAACUACCCGCGAACCGAUGGCUUUAAGGAUCAAGACCCAGCGGUAUUUGGAGAACCCCUGGUCUCUAGAGCACGUGACGUCCUCAACACGAGAUAUAAACUUCUGCCAUACCUGUACACGUUGUUUCACUACGCCCACACUGAGGGAUCCACUGUCGCCAGGCCUUUACUACACGAAUUCCCAGGUGACCCUACAACGUAUGACAUAGACACACAGUUCAUGUGGGGAGCCGCGUUCCUGAUAUCACCGGCUUUGAAAGAGAAACAGGUUGAAGUGAAGGCCUACCUCCCGAAAGCCAGGUGGUACGACUAUUUCACUGGACAGGAAAUUUUUGGAACUGGACAACACGUGACACUCCGCACCCCUCUCGACCACAUCAAUCUCCAUGUUCGGGGGGGCUACGUCAUACCCUGGCAAGAACCGGCCAAUACCACAGUGAUCAGGUUAGUGCACUUAUGUUUAAAACAUUUCAUCUCCACGUCACAUUUUAAGGACAUGAAUGAACCUGCAAACUUCCGGCCAGGAUCCUUCAGUGGAGCGUGCGAUGAUAAUAAAUGGAACAGGCCUCCCUAUAUACCAAGAAUUCUUGAUUAUGACAAGGGUCACUUGUACACGAAGACGCUGUGUAUGGACGCGGUUCACGACAACUGGGGGGAAGAGACCAUACAUUAUAACGUCCACUCUCUGUAUGGCCAUUCCAUGGCUAUGUCUUCUUACGACGUUUUGCGCAAGCUAGUCCCGUCAAAAAGACCACUGGUCUUGACAAGGUCAACAUUUGCUGGGACUGGGAAAUAUGCCGUUCACUGGCUAGGAGACAAUGCAAGCCAAUGGCCGCAUCUCGCGUGGUCCAUUCCAGGCAUGCUAGAAUUUAACCUUUUUGGAUUCCCAUACGUGGGAGCAGACAUCUGCGGGUUCUGGGGCGACACCACGGAGGAGCUGUGCACGCGGUGGAUGCAGGUUGGAGCCUUCUAUCCUUUCUCCAGAAACCACAAUGCCCAGAACUACCCGCGAACUGAUGGCUUUAAGGAUCAAGACCCAGCGGUAUUUGGAGAACCCCUGGUCUCUAGAGCACGUGACGUCCUCAACACGAGAUAUAAACUUCUGCCGUACCUGUACACGUUGUUUCACUACGCCCACACUGAGGGCUCCACUGUCGCCAGGCCUUUACUACACGAAUUCCCAGGUGACCCUACAACGUAUGACAUAGACACACAGUUCAUGUGGGGAGCCGCGUUCCUGAUAUCACCGGCUUUGAAAGAGAAACAGGUUGAAGUGAAGGCCUACCUCCCGAAAGCCAGGUGGUACGACUAUUUCACUGGACAGGAAAUUUUAGGAACUGGACAACACGUGACACUCCGCACCCCUCUCGACCACAUCAAUCUCCAUGUUCGGGGGGGCUACGUCAUACCCUGGCAAGAACCGGCCAAUACCACAGUGAUCAGUCGUACAAAGCCAAUGGGCCUCAUAGUGGCAGUGGAUGAACACAGCCAGGCCAGUGGGCAGCUCUUCUGGGACGAUGGGGAAUCGUACGAAACCUACCAGAACGGCAAUUAUCUGCUGGUCAACUUCACAGUCACGGGAAGCACGCUCUCUAUCGCCCCCGUGCACAGUAAUACAUCAGCCAGCGCCGGACUGGUCUUUGAUACUGUGGAAAUUUACGGCUUGAGGAACGAGCCGACAUUCAUGGUGAAUGGAGCACCAAAGAGUACAGGAGUGGAGUGGAGCAGCAGUUACAAGGUGGCCCGACUGAAGAGCCUUAAUCUCCCAAUAGAAACAGAACACAACAUCCGAUGGACUAUAUUUUAGAACAAAUAAGCAUAAUAUAGUGAUGUGAAUAACGCUCUACAAAAAUAAACUUUUUUAAGAAACGGAAAAACCCGCAUUUCAAGCGCAGUCUACUUAUUGAUGUAUUUUUGCACAAAAAAUUAUGUAUAUACUCUAAAUGUUUUAUCAUUUUUUUAACAGAAAUUUUAAUGAAUUUCAGAAUUUUAGGGGGAAAAGCGUAUUGCUUCUCGUACAAUCACGUUAAUCAGUAAGCUUCUAUUCAGUUUGCACUCUACCGACAAAAUAAUAAUAAUAUCCAUUCGUAUGUGUCGCAUUCCAUUAAAUAUUAAUAUGCCAUUAAAUUAAUUGCAAAUGUAUAGACUGUUGUUUCUUGUUUGUAGUUCUGACCAGUAAUAUGCGAGUAUUGCUCAUUCGCCUCAGUGAACUUGUCUAUUUACAAACAUUUGAAUAAGUAUUUUAAACAGGAAGUAUAUUUUAAAUGUGGCACCAUGGUCGUUAACACAACGUACUAAACAACUCCACAAGUACGAAUGUUGGUCCUAUCUAAACUGUUCUUAAUACCUAGAAGAAAAGUUCAUUGGAUCGCACCUUUGGAACACGUGCGUUAAUGUAUUGGUUCAGAGGACAUACAGAUUUUGUGCCCAGCUUUCCGCAGAGUCGGAACUGUUUUUCUUUUCGCUAUACCAUAACAUUUUCAGCGUUUGUAUUUUGUCACAAGCACUUAAUAAGUAAUUCAAUACGCAAUGGUCUUAAAGAAAUUACACUGAAAAUGUGUUCACUUUAUUUUUUUAGUAAAUAAAAAGUUGAAAAGAAUUAAACAAAAACAUUUGAAAGGCAUUUUCCAUUAUAGAUAAAUAUAUUAAAAUAUCCAUUUAAAAAAGCCCCAUCACUAUUGGUUUAUUGAGAAGUGCACAAGAAUUGUUACUUGUAGACUAAUGCCUAAC